AAAUACAAUGAACGCAAUGUUAAACUACCACAAACUCGAUGUCAUAAUCUUAGUUGUGAUUAGCGUUUUGGUGAACGAUAGUGUUGGAGGUGUUUGGGCCGCACUCAACACUCCGCCCCGAUUCAAAUCUGAAGACUUGGAUGACUUGCAGUCAGAGAUAGUGGUGCGCGUGAAAGAGGGAGAAUCCUCUCUUAACAAACAGAUCUACCAUUUGUAUGGUGAAGAUCCCGACGGAGAUGAGCUUAGAUUUGGUGUUUUGGGCACAAUUGGCUCCGAUCUGUUGCGCAUAGAGUCGGUGCCGCCAAAUGAGGCCAAAGUCUACCUCAAGAAAGAGUUGGAUCGCGAGAUACAAGACUCUUAUACAUUAGUUUUAACUCUAACCGAUGGCAAACUUGGAAAAGGAAAUUAUAUCACAAAAUCACUUCUUUUAAUUGUGGAGGACAUCAAUGACAACACUCCGAUCUUCAGGCCUUAUAGAACCGCUCUCUCAUUGUCUGAAACGUCCAAACCUGGAGUUAUCAUUGAAACUAUAGAAGCCUUUGAUUCCGAUGAGGGAAGGUUUGGACAAGUUUUGUACGAACUUAUGGAUAACGAUAAUCAAGAGUCAUCGCAUACAUCAACCACUUUCUCAAUUGAAACAAUUGAAGGAAAAGGAGUCAUUAGUCUGUCAUCAAGUUUAGACUACGAGAAAAAAUCAAUAUAUCAAUUGAAAGUGUUGGCCAUUGACAGGGCUGUUGAGGGCGAGCGCCUGACAGCCACCGCAGCUCUUGUUAUUCAAGUAGAGGACGCGGAGGAUGAGCCGCCAGUCUUUACAUUUGUGCCAUCAGUUACCAGAAUUGCUGAAAAUCUGGCCAUCGGUUCCCCGGUUUUGACGGUGACAGCCGUUGAUGGGGACAGAGGUGUUAACAAAGCCAUCACUUAUCGUAUACUAAAAGGCGAUCAAAAACUAUUUACAAUAAAUCAAAACACUGGCGUUGUGUCAGUUGCCGGUCGUCUCGAUAGGGAGAGUGCCAUAAAUAGUACGAGUGGUCAGACGGCCGGCGCUUAUAUUCUUGAAAUAGAAGCUACAGAAGUGACUGUCGCUAUAUUUCCUCCGCCGACUGUCACCACAGAAGUGACUAUAAUUUUGAAGGAUGUAAACGACGAGAUCCCAAAAUUUACUGCCAAUCAAUACGUGGCAGAAAUAGCAGAGAACGCACCCAACGAUAUGCCGGUCACUUUUGUGGCCGAUGCUGUGCCUCAGGUCUACGAUUACGAUCAGGGAAACAACGGAUCAUUUGUUGUUAGUAUUCAGUCCGCAGACAAUAAAGGACUUGAAGAUGUGUUUUACGUGACGCCCACUCACGGCGUGAAUGAGGCGUCCAUUAUGUUGAGAGUUAGAGAUUCCCUUCGUUUAGAUUAUGAAAAAAUCAAACAAAUUCGGCUCACAAUUAGAGCCACUGAACAAACGGGUUCACCCAUUAGUGCCAGAAGUAGUUCCACACAAAUCACUGUCAAUAUUAAGGAUGUCAACGACAAUAUCCCACACUUUGAUCAGGACUUAUAUUACGGGUCCGUCAGUGAAAACGCAAUGAUAGGCACAUCUGUGGCCAAAAUCAAUGCCAGAGAUAUUGAUUCUGGAAUUUAUGGGACGGCAGGCAUUCGGUAUACAGAAAUCAGAGGCGAAAUGUCUUCAGCAUUGAGUUUGGACCCCAUUUCUGGUGUGAUUAGAGUACAGACAUCCGAUCAUAAGUUUGAUCGCGAGCUCUCGGCUCAACACUUCCUGAUAGUUGAGGCGCGCGAUACUAAUGGCGCCGGAAAUAGAAAUACUGUUCAAUUAGUUCUUAAUAUAACUGAUGUCAACGACUGUCGGCCAAAGUUUCUUCACGACAAAUACGAGGCCCGACUUUACGAGAACAGCCAUACCUUUGAACAGCCCAUCCGUAUCACUGCCUUUGAUGAGGACGCCAUCGGAACGAAGAACUCAGAGAUUAGAUACAAAAUAUUGUCAAACACUCCCGAUAUAAACACUUUAAAUCAAUACUCAAGUAAUUUUACUAUUGAUGAAAGUUCUGGUCUAUUGGGUAUUAGAGAACCACUCGAUUUCGAGUCAAUUCCGGGUCCAAAAAGCGAUUCACGAAAUGUCACGCUAACAGUGCGGGCCUUUGAUUUGGGUGAUCCUCAUCUAUAUUCAGACGCACAGCUUAUUGUCUAUGUCUACGAUCGCAAUGAUUUUGCGCCGGUCUUUACCAAAAAUUUGUACACAAAAUCAAUACCGGAAGACAUUCGCGACGGUUCGAUGGUAUUGCAAGUGUCAGCCCUCGACGGCGAUCAUUCGGCCACCAAUUCAAGAGUUUACUAUCGAUUAGUUUCGGGCGCUUUUGACAAAUUUAUAAUUGAUGCCAACUCUGGUGUCAUAUCAGUGGCCACAGGCGCUAAUCUAGAUCCGGAUCGAUCACAU